UGUUUAUGUAAAUAUGACUAUAUAUUAAAGUUAAAAAUGUAAACGUCACGCUAUACAAUUAAGAAACUCUAGUAUUACAAUGCUUGCCUUUUGUCCACAUGCCAUAACCUUCACAUUUUCUGGGAAAGCCCGAUUCUUAAUUGUAACACGUGACAUAUUAAUAUAUAACUUUAAUAUAUAGUCAUAUUUACAUAAACACGCAAGACCUCCAUAGAAGCCAGGCGUAUCGUCUAACUGUUUCCAUACCGCCAGGUGUGUGGUAAUCAAGUGAUCUGGUAAACCUAUCCUGUCAAAACAGUUGAUUAUCCCUAAAUAGAUAUAAAGUACAGCAUGUCGGAUUUUCUACCGUUGCGGUGUGUUGUAAUAGGUAAAAUCGGCGUGGGAAAGAGUUCGCUCUGCAAUUUCAUGGCUAAAUCAAAAGUAUGUAAGACGGAUACAAGUGCCUCAUCGGUGACCAUAAAUCCACAAAAAGUAGCGGUGCAGUUUAAUGAGAAACAAUAUGAAUUUAUAGAUUUUCCCGGAUAUUUUGAUACCUGUCAGAGUGAUGACGAAAUCGAGCAGAUUCUUGGUAGAGGUGUAGAACUAUCUCGACCGGGUCCACAUGUUUUUGCUUAUGUUAUCAGCAUCGCCUCCAGAUUUUUGGAUGAUGACAAGCACACUCUCCUGAAACUAACAGAAAAAUUUGGAUAUGAGGUUUUUAACUACAUGGUGGUCAUUUUCACAUGUGAAAAUAACCUUCGCCAUUCCAACCAAAGCCCAGAGCAGUAUGUUGUGAACUUAAAAUCCAAACAAGGACAAAAUCCACCGAAACAUAUUAAGUAUUUGAUAGAUGCUUUGGACGAAGGCAGAUAUGCCUUUGUUGAAUGCUAUGGUACAGGAAACGAAAGCAGAUCAGAUGCAUUUGCUGUGAUUGAUCAGCUAAAAGCAAAAAAUGGGGAAGAACACUACACCAACGAGAUGUACGAGAAAGCUGUGGAGAUGAAAAGACAAGAGGAAUUGAAGAGGAAAAUACAAGAGGAAUUGGAGAGAUUUCGAGAAGAGAGGGAAGGACACGGUGGAAUGUGGAGAAGGAUUGUUUCAUAUAUACUGAGGGACACAGUUUCUGCAGCUAUCAGUUACGUGACUGGCAUAGUAGGCAAUAUGUUUACUUCUUCACAACCAACAUAUCGUACAGUGCCUGAUGUAAACCAGACUCAGCAGUUGAGUACACCAAGAGCUGGUACAUGUAUAGCAAACCCUGGAACAAAUGUUAUGGCGACACUUGGUGCACCGUCUAUGAAUAGAGCCCAACAGAAUGUAACGCACUCCAGUGGGAUAUGAAUAUUCAAAAUAAUACGAAGAAUCUCUGUGAGCGGAGUCAAGCAGACAUAUCGCUUCUGGACAACUAUGAUCAACAUUACCGAAAAUAAAUAUUUUACUGCUUUUUCCCCUUGGUACAAGUCAUUUAGAAUUAUUUAUUUAACUAAAUUACUAUUAAUUAAACUAAAACAAAUAGUAUGUAUCAUUCUAACACACUAUUACUAAUCUACACUGCAAAGUUGUGCUUUUUUAAACUUUAAAAUUAAUAUUAAGUAAACAUUGGGUGAGAUCAGAACAAAAAGUUAGUGUUAUAGUUAAUUAUGUCAGUAAAAAGAGUUAAUCUGAGCCCCUUAAUCUCAUGUUCAAGUAAGCAAAAGCAUUACACAUUGGAAAAUAUAUUAAAUUUUAAAAUUAAAAAUCAUAGUCAAUUUAAUAACCAAUUUGUUAACUAUUUGGUACGUGGAAAUAACAAAGCAGCAUCGAUGGAAAUCGGUGUGUUUUUUUCCGUUCUGAGACAAAGUAUAAGACUUUCGUUCUGAGAUAUCUCAAACAAAUUCAAGAUAACAGAACUUUUUCAAGUAUCUAAUAAUAAUUAUCCUCACGUUUAACGAAGUUCAGAUGAUUUUCUAGCAGUUUUUGCAAAUAAAAGUUUUGUGAAAAUUU